AUGUCUUCGACCUUUGCUUUGGGCUGUGUGAAUUACUUGGUGGCCAGUCAUGCCCAGCCAAUAUUGCACUCAGUGCCGGUGGCUUCAAAGGAAUUCCAUUUGUCUCCGUGGAACUUUGACUUUUCCGAGCGAUCGAAGUAUGGGGAGAAGGGAAGGUUUCCGACCAACCUUCAAUUCAAGGCCCAUUUCCAGUCCUUCCUCCGCUCCUGGUAUGAAGCUCACAGGGAGCCCAUCGAUGUGCGCUUUCCAGCUGGCGCUGAUGUCAUCGAGCCUUUCUCAGUGCAGUUCGUGGAUGGUCAGAAUAAGAUGCUGAUCAUCCAAACGAUCUUAGCAUUGCUUGAAGACAUCAAGGCAAGUGAGAUUGAGCAAGAUGCUCACUUUACAGCGGUGCUGGCAUCAUUCCGCUACAUCCGGUGCAAUUUCACAAAGCAUAAACUCAAGCCCUCUUGCUUGGAUUUUGUCUUGAUCUUCCGAGAAGCUUCAAGGAUCAAGAGGUCGGCCUCGCCGCACAUGAGCCUGCGAGACUGUGUUUGGGCAGCUGGUGACUACUACAUUCCCGGAUCGAUCCCCGAUGGUGCUGAAGGAAUUUGGAAGGAAGCCCAGGCGUGGUCAAAGUUGAAAACAGAAGCGACUGAAUCAUCGGUGGUCAUGUGGGCAAACCGUGUGAUGUCGGACUACAACCGCAAAGCUCCCAAGAAUGCCAGUGCGAAGCAAAAGGUCCAACUUGGAAAAAAUUCUUCCAUUCUCGAGAAGAUCAAAGAGAUGUGGGAUCUUGGGGCUCUAGACUCAGAACUACGAGCUCACAUCAGAGGAAACGACCCUGGAUUUGACCUGACCAAGUUGGCGUUUUACGCAGAGGCGACUGGAUCAGUGCAAGAGGACCAUAUCUUGGAAGGACAAAGCGCGGUAUCGAAUGCCAGGAAGGCAUCACUCCAAGCAGCUUUUAACCUAUUCAAGACAUCGCUUGACAAUGACCAUGUCUUGCACGAGCGUCACAUGGCCGUAGCAAAAAGCGAUGAAGUGCGUGCGCGCAGCUCUGCCCUGGCUUCUUUGGAGGCAAGGGAUGGAGAGAAGGACAAGACCACAUCUGCCAUCGCUGCGAAGGUGACACCGUGGUUGCAUGAGACUCUGCAGGGGUAUGGUGCUGGUAUGAGGAGAAUGGAGUCAGAGAGGUUGAUUGGAUGGUGCAACUAUGUGACUGCUGGUGUGCUCAGCGCUGGCAGACUUGAGUUCACUGUCAACAUGUUGACCCAAAUGGCUCAUUUGCAUCCAAAGAACUUUGUGAGAGUUGUCCUUCUCCCGAACAGGCAAGAGAAGAAGGAAGAAGACGAUGACAUGGAUGACAAAGACCCAGGAACAGUGGACGCAAACAAUUUCCUGGACGAAGAAGACGACAAGGAGCAAGGGUCGGACUCAGCAGAGGCAGUGCUGCAUGAGUUCAUCUACAGGCUGAAGAACUAUUUUCUGGAGUCUGAUCGUUGCCUCCGCGUCGAAAAGCCCUUGAAAGGUUUCGCCUCAGAUGCCAGGUUGACACAAGUGCAAGAGCUCAAGCAGCACUUGGCCGGCUCCAGCAUCGUUGAGAAGUUUGUGACCAACCUUUGCGACCCUUCUGAGAACUUCAAUGUCAUCUUGGACAUGCUUGGCUAUGAUGGGUGGCCUGCAGCCUAUGCUUUGACUGAGAUCGCCAAAGGCAACAAGGUGUCAACGGGGACCAUUUGCCACACUUCCCACGAGACUUCAUUUGUUGGGGAGGUCAUUGCCAACAAAAUUUUCAGCAGUGCCAGGGAUGGGGCUUUGAAGAUCCCUGGCUUCCCUGACUUCUUGAGUUUGGUGAAGGACUUGAAGAACCGCAAUGUGUCAACAUCCGCUCCCCAGUACAAUGUUUGCACACCCCUGCCAGAUGGCACACUGGUUGUGAAAUCUGCCCUCAUCCAGCUUUGGACAGAGAAGAAUGAAUCAUUCCGGGAUGAGGCUGAAGCCCUCAUCAAAGACCACAAUGACAGAUUCAAUCCUCGGGGAGUCAAACGAGGGGGGGAUGCAUCCGAUUCCGAAAGGGCACCGGAAGAGCCAGCGGCAAAGAAACUUUGUGUUGACAAAACCAUGGCCCUCACUGAUGAAGCUUUGAUCGAGGAGAAGGUGACUUUGACGCUGGGCAACUGCAAGCUCAUCCUAGACAAGAAGGAAGAAGUCUUGUGGAUUGGGCCUGAAAAGCCUGGUCAGGCAAUUGAA